UAUCCGACACGAUAGGGUGUUCUUAAUCUUAGAGUCGUAGAUUUUUAACGAUGACUAGCAUAAGUUAUAAAAUUAUUUUCCUUCUUUUGCUUUUAAGUGUAUUUGAAGCUACCGUUGACAGUUAUCAUGCCGUGGUUCUUAUUCAUGGUAUACUCACUGGAAGUGAUAGUAUGGAACUUAUUAGUGAUAGAAUCGCUGAAAUGCAUCCGGGGACACAGGUUUAUAAUAUUCCGAGAUACGCUGGAUGGAGUAGCCUAGAAUCGAUGUGGCAUCAAGUGAAAGAGAUGGGUCUGGAUAUCUUAUCUAUAGGCGCUGCAUAUCCUGAAGGAAUAAAUUUAGUGGGUUACAGUCAAGGUGGUUUAAUAGCUAGAGCGAUAUUGCAAAGAUUUCCUGCGCAUAAUGUUAGAAACUUCAUUUCCUUGAGUUCACCACAAGCUGGACAGUAUGGAACACAAUUUUUGCAUUUAUUUUUCCCCAAUUUGACGUGUAAAACUGCGUUUGAAUUAUUUUAUUCCAAGCUCGGACAACACACCAGUGUUGGGAAUUACUGGAAUGAUCCUCAUCAUCAAGAAUUAUAUUACAAGUAUAAUACAUUUCUUCCGUAUGUAAACAGUGAGAUACCCUCGAUCAAAUUGUCAACGAAUAAACGAGGUCUCACCAAGUUAAAACGCAUGGUACUGGUUGGAGGACCCGAGGACGGUGUCAUUACUCCAUGGCAAAGCAGCCAUUUCGGAUAUUACGAUGCCAACGAGACUGUGAUAGAUAUGCGUGAUAGAAGUAUAUAUAAGGAUGAUUUAAUCGGAAUAAGAACAUUAGAUGAAAGUGAAAGGCUCACUCUUAUUACAGUUCCAAAUAUCCCUCAUAAUGAGUGGCAUAAAAACGUAUCAAUAGUAGAUGACAUCCUACUACCAUACUUAGAUUAGUGUAAUUUUAUUCUAGACUAGAUAAUUAAUUGUUGCUAUAUGACAUGAAGAAAAUUUCAAAGUUCAAAGAUCUCUCACAAUGACAUUUAC